AUGCCGGCAAAGCGCCAUAAACCAGCACAGUCCCCUGAUGGCAAUGAUGAACCCAGCACCAGCUCAGUAGGCAGAAAAAGAAAACUCAAGGUGACUUUUCAGGAUGAUCAGGAGGACUUGAUGCCGGCAAAACGCCGAAAACCAGCACAGUUCCCUGAUGACAGUGAAGAACCCAGCACCAGCUCAGGACGCAGAGGCAGAAAAAGAAGAGCCGAGAAAGCUUUUCAGGAUGGUAAAGAUCAGGAGGACUUGAUGCCGGCAAAGCGCCAUAAACCAGCACAGUCCCCUAAUGACAGUGAUGAACCCAGCACCAGCUCAGGAGGCAGAAAAAGAAAACUCAAGGUGACUUUUCAGGAUGAUCAGGAGGACUUGAUGCCGGCAAAACGCCGUAAACCAGCACAGUUCCCUGAUGACAGUGAUGAACCCAGCACCAGCUCAGGAAGAAGAGGCAGAAAAAGAAAAGCAGAGAAAGCUUUUCAGGAUGAUGAAGAUCAGGAGGACUUGAUGUCGGCAACACAGUUCCCUGAUGACAGUGAUGAACCCAGCACCAGCUCAGGAGGCAGAAAAAGAAAAGUCAAACAAGCUUUUCAGGAUGAUCAGGAGGACUUGAUGCCGGCAAAACGCCGAAAACCAGCACAGUUCCCUGAUGACAGUGAAGAACCCAGCACCAGCUCAGGAAGAAGAGGCAGAAAAAGAAAAGCCAAGAAAGCUUUUCAGGAUGAUGAAGAUCAGGAGGACUUGAUGUCGGCAACAUGCCGUAAACCAACACAGUUCCCUGAUGAAAGUGAUGAACCAAGCAGCAGCUCAGGACGCAGAGGCAGAAAAAGAAAAGCCAAGAAAGCUUUUCAGGAUGAUGAAGAUCAGGAGGACUUGAUGCCGGCAAAACGCCGUAAACCAGCACAGUUCCCUGAUGACAGUGAUGAACCCAGCACCAGCUCAGGACGCAGAAGCAGAAAAAGAAAAGCCGAGAAAGCUUUUCAGGAUGAUGAAGAUCAGGAGGACUUGAUGCCGGCAACACAGUUCCCUGAUGAAAGUGAUGAACCCAGCACCAGCUCAGUUGAAGAAGCUUCUCAGGAUGAUGAAGAUCAGGAGGACUUGAUGCCGGCAACAAGCAGUGAACCAUCACAGUUUCCUGAUGAAAAUGAAGAACCCGGCACCAGCUCAGGAAGCAGAGAAGGAAAUGCUGAGCAAGAUUUUCAGGAUGAUAAAGAGGAUAAAGAUGAUGAUCCUUUCGACGAAGAGUCAGAUGUUAGUACAAUAGACACCAGCCCAGGAUCUCCUCUUGACAAAUAUGAGGUUGGAAGAAAGCUGGGAAAGGGAAACAAUGGCACUGUCUACCUGGCAACACGCAAAUCUGAUGGAAAAAAGGUUGCCCUGAAAUUCAUUCAUAAGUCGUCAUCUUACGGAAUGAGGAUGCCUGGAAGUGCCUAUCAUACGACUGCGGAAGCUGUAAUAAUGCUUGACCUGAAGACGCCUCCCAUAUGUCCCCAUAUCAUAGAGUUGUAUGACUUUUUUGAUGUGGAGGAAUAUUAUGUUUUGGUCCUGGAGUACAUGCAGCCGAGCAUGACCUUGACUGCAUUCAUCAGGAGAAACAAUGGUCGCUUGACUGAAAGUGUAGCGCGACACUUGACCCUGCAGAUCCUACUUGCAUUACAGAAGUGCAUGGUGCAUCGCAUUGAACAUAAAGCAGUCCAUGAAGAUAACAUCCUGGUGAAUCCAAAGACCCUUCAAGUCAAGUUGAUUGAUUUUGGCUACAGUGAGUUCCUUCGAGGCCACUUUAAACCACACGUUGAAUGCAGAGAUCUUCUGAAAAUGUGCUUCAGUUUCCAUAUUUACCAUGGACCCACUUUAGAGGAUGUUAUUGACCAUAAGUGGUUCAACAAAAAGAAAGAUAUCUGA